CUGCUCUGGGAGGAGGAAGAGAAGGAGGAAGAGGAGGAGGAGGAGGAGGGGGAGGAAGAGGAGAAAGGCGCAGGGGUGGGAGCUGUUGCCGAAGCUGCCACAGCAAAAGUUCACCCCCCUCCCCCCUUCCCCUCCUCUCAAGGCCCCUAGAGAGGUUGAAGCUGCCGCCGCCUGCAGUCGGUGACCGCGCGACUCGGCGCCCGCCCGCGGAAUUGGAUGGCGUAAGUGAUUAAGGUGGUACUGAGGGUCUCUGAAGCCUACGAAAGGUAGAAACUCAACCAUGAUUUCUUUUUCAACUCUACAGCAUCCCCUUCCUUGAAGUCUUCAUUUUUACCUUAGUCUCAGGCAGUUAUACUUAAGCAUGAACAUUGACGACAAACUGGAAGGAUUGUUUCUUAAAUGUGGCGGCAUAGACGAAAUGCAGUCUUCCAGGGCAAUGGUUGUAAUGGGUGGAGUGUCUGGCCAGUCUACCGUGUCUGGGGAACUGCAGGAGUCGGUGCUUCAAGAUCGGAGUAUGCCUCACCAGGAGAUCCUUGCUGCAGAUGAAGUGUUACAAGAAAGUGAAAUGAGACAACAGGAUAUGAUAUCACAUGAUGAACUCAUGGUCCAUGAGGAGACAGUGAAAAAUGAUGAAGAGCAGAUGGAAACACAUGAAAGACUUCCUCAAGGACUACAGUAUGCACUUAAUGUUCCUAUAAGUGUAAAGCAGGAAAUUACUUUUACUGAUGUAUCUGAGCAACUGAUGAGAGACAAAAAGCAAAUCAGAGAGCCAGCAGUACAGAAAAAAAAGAAACGGAAACAGCGUUCUCCUGCAAAAAUCCUUACAAUAAAUGAGGAUGGAUCACUUGGUUUGAAAACCCCUAAAUCUCACGUUUGUGAGCACUGCAAUGCUGCCUUUAGAACGAACUAUCACUUACAGAGACAUGUCUUCAUUCAUACAGGUGAAAAACCAUUUCAAUGUAGUCAAUGUGACAUGCGUUUCAUACAGAAGUACCUGCUACAGAGACAUGAGAAGAUUCAUACUGGUGAAAAACCAUUUCGCUGUGAUGAAUGUGGUAUGAGAUUCAUUCAAAAAUAUCAUAUGGAAAGGCAUAAGAGAACUCAUAGUGGAGAAAAACCUUACCAGUGUGAAUACUGUUUACAGUAUUUUUCCAGAACGGAUCGUGUAUUGAAACAUAAACGUAUGUGCCAUGAAAAUCAUGACAAAAAACUAAACAGAUGUGCCAUCAAAGGUGGCCUUCUGACAUCCGAGGAAGAUUCUGGCUUUUCUACGUCACCAAAAGAUAAUUCACUGCCAAAAAAGAAAAGGCAGAAAACUGAGAAAAAAUCGUCUGGGAUGGAUAAAGAAAGUUCUUUGGACAAAUCUGACCUGAAGAAAGACAAAAAUGAUUACUUGCCUCUUUACUCCUCAAGUACUAAAGUAAAAGACGAGUAUAUGGUAGCAGAGUAUGCUGUUGAAAUGCCACAUUCUUCGGUUGGGGGCUCGCAUUUGGAAGAUGCAUCAGGAGAAAUACAUCCCCCUAAGUUGGUUCUCAAAAAAAUUAAUAGUAAGAGAAGUCUGAAACAGCCACUGGAGCAAAAUCAAACAAUUUCGCCUUUAUCCACAUAUGAAGAGAGCAAAGUUUCAAAGUAUGCUUUUGAACUUGUGGACAAACAAGCUUUACUGGACUCAGAAGGCAAUGCUGACAUUGACCAGGUUGACAAUUUGCAAGAGGGGCCCAGUAAACCUGUGCACAGCAGCACUAAUUAUGAUGAUGCCAUGCAAUUUCUGAAGAAGAAGCGAUACCUUCAAGCAGCAAGUAACAACAGUAGGGAGUAUGCACUGAAUGUGGGUACCAUAGCUUCUCAGCCUUCUGUGACACAGGCAGCUGUGGCAAGUGUCAUUGAUGAGAGUACCACAGCAUCCAUAUUAGAUUCACAGGCACUGAAUGUGGAGAUAAAGAGUAAUCACGACAAAAAUGUUAUUCCAGAUGAGGUACUGCAGACUCUGUUGGAUCAUUAUUCCCAUAAAGCCAAUGGACAGCAUGAGAUAUCAUUCAGUGUUGCAGACACUGAGGUGACUUCUAGCAUAUCAAUAAAUUCUUCAGAAGUACCUGAGGUCACCCAGUCGGAGAAUGUUGGAUCAAGCUCCCAAGCAUCCUCAUCAGAUAAAGCCAACAUGUUGCAGGAAUACUCAAAGUUUCUGCAGCAGGCUUUGGACAGAACUAGCCAAAAUGAUGCCUAUUUGAAUAGCCCGAGCCUUAACUUUGUGACUGAUAACCAGACCCUUCCAAAUCAGCCAGCAUUCUCUUCCAUAGACAAGCAAGUCUAUGCAGCCAUGCCCAUCAAUAGCUUUCGAUCAGGAAUGAAUUCUCCACUAAGAACAACUCCAGACAAGUCCCACUUUGGACUAAUAGUUGGUGAUUCACAGCACUCAUUUCCCUUUUCAGGUGAUGAGACAAACCAUGCUUCUGCCACAUCAACACAGGACUUUUUGGAUCAAGUGACUUCUCAGAAGAAAGCUGAGGCUCAGCCUGUCCACCAAGCUUACCAAAUGAGCUCUUUUGAACAGCCCUUCCGUGCUCCAUAUCAUGGAUCCAGAGCUGGAAUAGCUACUCAGUUUAGCACUGCCAAUGGACAGGUGAACCUUCGGGGACCAGGGACAAGUGCUGAAUUUCCAGAAUUUCCCUUGGUGAAUGUAAAUGAUAAUAGAGCUGGGAUGACAUCCUCACCUGAUGCCACAACUGGCCAGACUUUUGGCUAAAAAAAUUGUGUAAAUAAUACUGGCACUUUAGAACAGAUUAAGCAAGAGUGGGGUUACUUUGUGUAAAAUGGAGUGCUGUACAGAUUUAAGAGCAAUGCGUUAUAACAAGUUAAGCUGAUGUGAAUAGCAAGAUAAUCCAAUAACUGCAUUUUGUUUGGUUAGUCAGCAUUCUUUGAACUGCCUUACAUGUUGUCACCUUUAUAGAAGCAAUGCAUUACUUGUUUUAGAUCAGAAACUUGCUAUUCCACCCACACCAAUUUUAAAAGGAAAAAAAAAAAAAAGACUUUCGCACAAUUGUUUCCUAACUGAUAACAUUGUACAUUCUUAGGAGAUUAGUAAUUGUGUGAAAUUUACUCAUACUGUUUCUGAGUUUUUCAGUGUAGUCAUGGCACUUCAGCAGGGAAUCUGAGUAUACUUUACAGAUAGCGUGAACUUAAAAGUUUAAAUGUCAAGAGAUUAUGGCUUAAAUAAAUUAGUGUGUCCUAUAGGGGGGAAAAAAGAAACCAAGAAACCACCUUUUAAAAAAAUAAUAUGCCAUAUACCCUUGAUUUUCAUUUUGCAUUAUAUUGACUUUUUUUUGAGGAAAAAAGUAAUAAAAACCUGAUAGUCUAAGACUCCACUAUUUAAAAGCCUAAUUACUUUUAAGAUAUGCAUACUUUCAAAACUGUUACCAAAAUACGUAGCUGUUGAAGCAUUCACUUCUCUACGGAAGUAUGCGUAUUGGUGUCAGUUUCUUUGUACAGUUGUACCUAGAUAUUUUUUAUGAUUUUUCAUGUGCAGGUAUCAAGGUUUUGAAGUUUAGUAAAAGAUAUUCUGUAGAUUACAUUCCCAAGAACAUAAUGCUUACACAAAAUGUAUAUUCCACGUUUUAAAGCUUAAUUGUAUUUUACUUUACAUAUACACUUCAGUUAACAUAGAGCACUUAGAAUCUAUUUGGUAUUUUUGAUUUCUCAAAGUAAAAAAAUUAGAUUUUUAGGUUUGAUAUGGUUGUGUCAAUCAUCUCAUAAUUGAAACUUUUAAUUUUUGGCAAUAAAAGGAAAUUGAAUACCUUUGGAACUGUAAAACCUGGUUUAAUCCUUCUCUUUCUAGAAUCUUGAUAGAUUGGAUAAUUAAGCAGUAUCCAGAGAAACUAAAGAAAUGGGCAUUUUAAUUGCUUAUUUUAUCUUAAGUUACUUUUUAAUGAACACUGCUCAUUACAAUUUUACAAACCAAAAGUGUUUACUAAUUCUAGUAACUACAAUUUUCUUUUUCAGCUAGAUGAGUGAUCGGAAACUUUUUGUUGCAUUUCAAAAUCUAAAUAAACUACAGACUUUAUCCUUAUACCACGAAUGUUUUUUUUUAAUACUUUGUCUUAAUACAGCAUGGUACAAUAAAUAGUGCUUUUAUAUAUAUACAUAUUAUAUAUAUACUUUUCUAAAGAAUGAUGGUUUGAGUUACACAUUGGACAAUUUUAAUUUUUGGAAAAUAACAGUAGUUAUAUUAAUUUUAUUAUCCUCUUUAAUUUGUUCCAACUUUUUGGUUUUUUUAUUUUAAAUCUCCACCAUCUAUCUUUGUCACAGUGCACCUACUGAUACAGUACCAGUGAUAACCUAAAAUAAAUACCCUUGGAAGAUGAAACUUUAUUGUUAAUUUCCAUUUUAACUUUUCUAUUGGCCUUCUAGAUCUGCAGUCUUUGUUUCAGAAUAGAAUGUUAUACAUUUAAAUUAUUUUUUCUUUAAUUUAAUGUUACCCAAGACUGUUCUCAUAAAGAAAGAGAACAAAGAAAUAUUCACCCUUACCAUCUUUUACAUUUAUUUUGAAUAUAUCGGUGUUUUAUGAUAAGGAAUAUAAAUUAUGUUUCAUGUGGUUUCCUCUAUACUUUGGUUAUUAAACUUUGCUUGAAAUACUAAUUUUCCCAUUUGACAGCUUUUUUUUUGCUGCCAAAUUUUUCAAGAAUUUUAGACUUCUUUGAAGUAGAUAUUUAAGUUCUGCCAUUACGGACUCUUUAAGAAUAGUGUGUCUUGUACCACACAUCACAACCUCAAGAAGGCUUCAUUCAGGCGAGAUGUUAACGGUGGAACUGCGCUCUCUUUAGGUGGGCAUUUGUGUUUUUCUCAUACUACUAUUGGAUGAUAGUAGGCGUUUAUUUCCUGAGUUUUGAGGGUUUGUAAGCCUGAUCAGAAUUUCUGCUCUGUUGAGAACUUUGUGCAGAAGAAAGGUUUUUUUGUUUGUGUUACCAUCACCAGCGCAGUUUUUAGAAUGUGGCUCUGCUGCAAGCAGAAGUUCCGGUGUUGCAUUCCUGUGUUCAACACAUUUCUUUACAUCUACAUAAUGGCAGACUUUUCUACCACAUUAUAAGCAUUUUUGAGAUAAAUGAUACUUCGGCAUAAUUCUGACUUACCACUUAAGCAUAGUCACUGCUCUCUUACUGUGAAAUUCUACAUGCCUACCAGAGUUACCUUGUAUUAUCAUUAUAUGAUAAACAUCUCAGCAUUUUGGGUUUCCCUACUUUGGUUCAGAAAAUUACUUAAUUUCUAUCUGGACAUUAAUAGAGAAAGCAAGUAGCCUUUUGUGCUGCUAUAAAUCAGAAUAUUGAGGAUAUAAGAUACCUUUUGCAAUUUUUUUUCCCUUUCUCUCGGUGAGCAAAUUGUUGUGUGAAAACAGGCUCUUAUGCCCUUAAGUUUAGUGAAACAUGGGUGAGGUGUGCUUUCUUAGGACCUGUCCUCAUGUUUGAAGAUUGGAAAGAGAUCAUAUUAGAUGAAGUAAUUAAUGACUCCUAAACAUCUUCAAAAGUGUGUGCUUCAACUUACUGCACACAUUUCAUUUGGUUCAGAAUAUUUGAAGUGGCUCUUAAAUGUUUUGGAUCUACUUGCAGGUUUUCUAGUUGAUAUCAUAGAAAUCCAUCCUUUUAGCUCUGGCUGAGGACUGUCUGUGGUGGGGUAAUUUUCUCGUUUUGAGAGGCAAAAGAGGCUUUAUGCUCAGGGUAGGCUUUCAUUUCCACAGACCAGAGAAACUUGCAAAGUGCCAGCUAGGUUAGAUCUUUUGCCACUUCUUUCAUUUUAUUAAUUUGGGUUUUUAAAAGGGCUGUUUUUUUUAAAAAAAAAAAAAGCUGGGAAACUUUAAAAGUAGGCAUUACUGUAAAACUACAUUUCUUAGAACAUUUUAAACUAGAACUUGUUUUUUUCACAGUAUAUUUACUUGAAGAAGCACUAUUAUAAUCAAUGAGAAACUUUUUGACUCUGCAAUUUAAUUUAAACUUUUUCCGUUUCAAAUUGCUUUAUUUCAGGGAAAUAAUUUUCCAGUUGUUUUUGCUAUAUUCUGCAAAUAAAAACCAUGUUUCCUUUUUUCACUUAAACUUUGGUAGGAAACAAACUAAAGCAGACAAACAUUUCUUGUUGUGUUUGUUGCUUUCUUUAAUCCAAUGGAUAAAAAAGUAAAACCCUGUAAACAUUAUUUUAUUUUUUUAUGCAAUACCAUGCUGUAAAUAUGGUUCAUCAAAUAAGGAUGUACCUAUGAUUGAAUCUUUAAUUCUGCACAGUUAGAGUUUAUAUAUAAACGUGUCUUGACAAUCAAGGACUUUUAUGUGAGUCUUCCUUUAUGAUGUUUAUUAAUGUUAUGCAUUCCAUUUGUUUUGAAGUGAGUACCAAUGUGCUAAUUUGUAUUGUCUGAAAGUAUGUAAUGUUUUUACAGCUUGUUUUUAAGAAUCUGUAAAUAUGUACAAACAAAUCACAGUACUGCUUUAUGUUAGAAGGCAUAUGAUGUUGUACUGUAUGUAAGCAAUAAUACAUAGCAGUGCUAACUUUACAAGUAGCAUCAGGAAAGUUCUAAAAACAUUUCAGAGUUAUUAUCUUUAUUUCAUUUAAUAAUGAUUAUCUUUAAUCAGUUUUUAUAAGCAAAUUCCAUUGUUCCUCCUAUUGGAACGUAACACUGUUUACACAGCAUAAUUGAAGUUGCAGGGGAGACAGGCUAAAUCUGACUUCAUCUGUACUCACUUUCACUAAGCAUUGAAUGGCCUUACCACUCUUCUGCAAGAUGGAGGAAGACCGCAAAACUUAGUGCCCAUCACACUGAAGGAAGGGGGUGUGUUUUUUUUCCUGCUUCUGUACUGCUACCUAACUUUGUGGUUUGCUUUGAAUUUUAAUAUUUGUUUCUGUUUUAGAUUCAAGCCCAUAAGUUUUGAGGUGACUUCAGCUCCAUUGUGAAAUAGUUCUCUUCAUAGUUCAUAGCUACAUUUCAAUAAUUCUCAACUUUCUACUUUGAUUUUUAGAUACUUAUUUUUCAACCUUGAUUUCUCAGCUGAUCAGAUGAAUUUAUUCAACUUCAAAGAAAGACAAACCUAUUGUAGUUUGAAUUGAGUAGAUAUUAUACUGUACAGAACAGCUAACUAUUUGAACACACACAUCACUGCUUUAGAAAUAAAACCGCCAAUUUAUAAAUGUAUAUGACCUACAUUUUAUAGGAAAAAAUGUUUUUAAAUGCUAGUCAUUUAUAUAAUGUGCUUUGAAGGAUUUGCUAGUCCCACUUCUGUCACUUUUUAGUACACUGGUAUCUUUUAUAUGUAAUGUAUGCUUUUUAUUAUUGUAGCAAAGCAUUUCAGUAGAAAGAAUUUUGCAACAAUAUGGGGGAAAUUUUUCAUUGUUGGAUUUGAAUUAUACUGGAUUUUAUCUGUGUAGUCUUACUUGUCUUUAUUUUAAUGCUGUCUGGAAGGGAACUUGGUAUCCAAAUAAAGCAGGUAACCUCAUUUUACUUCAAGGGCAUACUGUGUAGUGCUGAAUUUAAUCUGGAAAUCUGAUGAUUUUGAAAAGGAAAACAAGUUUAUAAAAAUUGUACAGAAGAAAUUAAAUGUGUAAUGGAAAUCCUGA